CUACAAACCUGCCCAACACCAAGAUGGCUCCUUUGUUCCCAGAUCGCACUCAUCCGGACGUCUUGUGUUUGUUCGAUGUGGACGGAACACUUUCUCCUGCAAGACGAGAUGUUUCGCUAGAGAUGGUUGAACUAUUACAAAAAGUUCGUAAACAUUGUGCGAUCGGAUUCGUGGGUGGAAGUGAUUUUGCAAAAAUAAAAGGUCAAUUACAAUUACCCGGUCAUCCAGACAUUCUUACCCAAUUCGAUUAUUGUUUUUCAGAGAAUGGGUUAACAGCAUUCAGACUUGGUAAACCACUUGCUUCACAAUCUUUUAUCGGUUGGGUAGGUGAAGAAAAGUAUAAAAAGAUGGUCAAAUUCAUCUUGGGUUAUAUUUCUCAAUUAGACAUCCCUAUCAUGCGUGGUACAUUUAUCGAAUUCCGUAAUGGUAUGAUCAACGUAAGCCCAAUCGGUCGUAAUGCAAGCGUUGAAGAACGUAUUGCAUUCGAAGCAUACGAUAAAGAACACAAAAUUCGUGCUACUUUUGUUGAUGCUCUCAAGAAACAAUUCCCCGAUGCAGGCUUAACAUAUUCUAUCGGAGGUCAAAUCUCUUUCGACGUCUUUCCAACCGGUUGGGAUAAAACUUUUGCUUUGGGUCAUGUCAAAGAUGAUGGAUGGCGUGAGAUUCACUUUUUCGGUGACAAGACAUACGAAGGAGGAAACGAUUACGAAAUCUACUCUGAUCCACGCACCAUCGGUCACAGCGUCACUUCACCUCAAGAUACCAUGCGUGAGCUCAAAGAGUUGUUCAAGAUUGAGGGGUGACCCCCAUUAUAGAUGUAUAUAUUGGAUUGAAUACAUUUGUUAGAUUACAAAACUUG